CGGGGGUUGAGGGGGGUGUUGCGCCCGUGGGUGCGAGGCGUGACGGACAUCCUCUGCACCUGCAGUUCUAUUGAUAGCAAGGUCUCAGACAUUGUAAAUGAGUGACAUGAUGGAGAGGUCAAAAUGCCCAAGCAUCAGAUUUUUCUUUAACAAACAAUCGAUUCCCGUGGCAGCCGUUAUCAUCAUUGUUAUCACGCACAUGACGCAUCGAUCAGGCGACGUAGCUGCGUCCAGCGACGACCGGUGCAGCAGCGUCUUCAGCAUCUCCGAGGCACGACGGGCCUGGGAGUCGGAGGCCGCCUCGCUGGCCAGUUGCGGCGACGAGGUGCUGACGGCGAGUCAGGUGACCACCUGCCUGCGGCGGCUGUACGCGCGGCGGCAGCGCCCGGUCCGCAUCGUACUGAUCGGUGACUCCCGCAGCCGCAUCCUCUUUGAGGAGCUGCUGAAGAAGAGAGGCCUCCGCUGGAAGGGCAAGCUUCUGGAGGACCUCAAGAGGAAGCGGAACUCAAGCCAGGUCGUUCAUGGGAUGCCCGAACACUGCACCAUCGGCAUCGAGAUCUUCAGAGGCAUGAGGCGCGCCAGGUUUGCGUGUGACUCUGAGGACCCAGGUGGACAGCUCGAAUGGACAUUCUACUGGAGUCCGCGGGUAGCUGACCAGCACCGGGAGGUAUUCGCCGGAUUGACGGCGGAGUGCCAGAUCGGCCGCGAGUGCCCCGACCUGGUGGUCAUGACGGCCGGCCUGUGGUACGCCAAGCCACCCGGGCACAUGGGCGAUCCGCUGCGGGAGCGGGUCAUGAAGUUUCGGAUGGAGUGGUUGGAGCUGAUGCCCACCUUGCAGACAUUGGCAGCUCACACCCAGAUCGUGUACAAGCUGGACGGGCCGGAGUUUCUGGAGGGUAGAGGAAGAAGAUCUAAGAUUGGCCCUGUCAUUUUGGCUUUAAAUGCACUGGGUCUUGAAUUUCUAAGUCAGGUGCGGGGCGUUCGGCCGUGGACGUCCUCGCUGGCCGACACGCUGCGCGUGCAGCACUCGGUGUGCCUGCCGCUGGCCGCCAACCACACCGCGAUGCCGGCGCCACUGAAGAUGGAGUGCCUGGACGAGAACCAUGCGGGGCCGACGGUGCGGGCGGCGGCUGUCGGCACGCUGAUGAACUUCGUCUGUGGCAGCACCUACCCGCGGCCGCCUGCCCACUGUUGCUCCUCGGCACCCCGCGCAUGACCGUUUGGUUGUCUAGUUGUUUGGUUGGUGGCUUGGUGGUUUGGUUGUUUGGUUGUUUGGUUGUUUGGAUCAGAGCCCUUUCGACCAGAAAUGACCGCUUCAGGGCGAUGGGGUGAAGGAGAAUGGAUUAUGGCGAGGCAGAACUACAUGCGCCUGAGGUCAACCGCUGAGCCUUAGCCGCGCGGGGACCCCUCUGCGGGGUGUGCGCUGGACGCCCGGUCGGGGUCCCCAUCCAGGGGGCGUCUCGGCGCAUUCGUGACUGACACAUGCAGCCUGUGCCGGACACGUGAGGCGUCGCGAGGAUUUAGGAUGAAAAUACGAAGGAGGAUAAGAGGGUCGAAUGUGCCCGACGGCUCCGCGGCGGCGCGGCGUCCGUGUCAGCUGAGGUCAACGCUGACGUGACGGGA